CUAGCCUAUAAUAUCAACACGUUAUCCCCUCUACCGCAUCUAUUAUGCAAAUAUCCCAACUUGCGACGCGUUCCGAGAUUCAGUGCAGAACAAUCCCUUGGCGGUUGCGUAUGCUAAGUCUGUGCUUUGUAUGGACAUAGGCUAGUUCUGUAUUAGAAUUUGUAUACCAAGUACAUAGUAGCUGUGGACAUAGAAUACUUCCGCAAUACGGUAACUUCCUUAAGUAGCGAUAUUAUUUUGUAUAUCGCGGUCACAAUGAAUUCUAGAACUUUAAAAAUGAUACAACUGGUGGGCCCGAAAAAAUCAGAAGGCACCCAGAAGGCUGGCAUACAAAAUCUAGAGAAAAGGAGCUUAUCUACAUCGUUUACUCCGAAUGCCAAACAAAACAUUGGAGAGGCUAUUACAGAAGAAUAUGUACAAGAAGAUGAUGGGGGAUCAACAACUUCGAACAACCAAGCUCAUGAUGUUCCCAAAAUACCUUCUUCGGCAAGAAGCAUAGCUCAAAUGAUGCAGGACAGUAUCACCCAACAGCCUCCUCUUUUUUUGAUGCCUUGGGAAAGUUCAACUACAUCCUACAAAAUAACUCUGUAACUAUUGAGGAAUUUCCAUCCAAUGAAAUCCUUAAGAUCAGUAGUCCCGCUGUAGUUGAAUUGAACGGUGGAGAUACAUAUGAAAAAACUGUUCUACAAAAUACUGACUUCACAUCAAAAUCCUCAAAUACUAUAGAGGAUGAUUUUAUGCUUUCUGAAUGUGAGAGUGACCCAUUUGCCACCAGUGAUGAUAGCAAUGACAUGGACUAUAUACCAACAUUAAGGAAAACUUAACUCACAGUAGAGAUCCAGAUGAUAUCGAAAACUCAUCAGAACAUGAUGAUAAAAAUGAGCCGAUGAAAACCAAGAAAAAUACACGGAAGAGACAGAGGAAUCCGGGUGCAUGGAGAAGAAAUGAAAUAAAGAAGCUGCGGAAUCUUGGCGAGAAGUAGAAGACUGGAGAGGAAACCUCCGUCCAAAAAGGCAACCAAAACCUCCUUGUACUAACUGCAGACAAAAGUGCAGCGAAAAGUUCACAGAAGAAGAGAGGAAACAGAUAUUUGAGAGAUAUUGGCAACUGGGGGACAUCAAUAGACAACGGGAUUUUAUUGCCCAGUAUGUAAAUAUAAUGGACAAGAAAAGAACACGGUUGAGAAAGCAGGAUGGAAACAGUAGUAACGAAGAUACCUGCACAGAAAAAACAACAG